UAACCGAACAACGCAUCUGCAUCCAAUCAAAUGUAUCACGCCUCCUGAAACCACAGCACAUCUCGACGUCACGCAACACCACCGCCUCCUGGUUCCCUCCGGCGACUUCUCUGCCCAUCCGUCUCGCCGCCGCACCGACAUUUUGAAGUCGGAGAAGCUUUUGCCACUCUCAGCCCGGCCGACGGAGCAGGGGCGGGGAAUUCGAGCGGGAAUCCUGGUCGAUCGUUCUCCAUCACUGUGAGUAGUGGGAGAGAAUGAAUGAAUGAAGCUCCGAUCGCCUGAAAUAGGGAGCUAUCUGCUCGGAGAGCCAUGUGGUCGUCCUUCUGGAGAUCCAGAAAUCGUUUCUCUUUGGACGAGCUCAGAUACCUCACCGAUCAAUUGAUCAAAGUUCAAACUGUCAAUGAAGUCAAUAAGGAUUUUGUAAUCGAGGCACUGCGAUCAAUUGCAGAGCUGAUAACAUAUGGUGAUCAACAUGAUGUAUCUUUUUUCGAGUUUUUCAUGGAGAAACAGGUCAUGGGGGAGUUUGUACGUAUUUUAAAAAUUAGUAGAACAGUUAUUGUGUCGCUACAGUUGCUUCAGACAAUGAGUAUUAUGAUCCAAAACUUAAGAAGGGAACAGUCUAUAUAUUAUAUUUUUUGUAAUGAGCACAUUAACUAUCUUAUAUCUUACUCCUUUGACUUUCGCAAUGAAGAGCUAUUGUCUUACUACAUAUCCUUUCUUAGAGCAAUAAGCGGAAGGUUGAACAAGAACACUAUUUCUCUUCUUGUCAAGACACAAAGCGAUGAUGUAAUUUCAUUUCCACUUUAUGCGGAGGCAAUACGGUUUGCAUUUCAUGAAGAAGGCAUGAUUCGAACUGCGGUUCGAGCUUUAACACUGAAUGUUUAUCACGUUGGCGAUGAGGCUGUUAACAGAUAUGUAACCAGUGCACCUCAUGCAGAUUAUUUCUUAAGUUUGAUCAAAUUUUUCCGAGAGCAAUGCAUCAGUUUAAAUAGGAAUUUGGGUGCAGAUGCAAUCUCUUCUGUCAUUCCAUCUGUUGAUGAGAUCGAAGACAAUCUCUACUACAUCAGUGAUGUUAUUUCAGCAGGAAUUCCAGAUGUAGGGAGGUUGAUUACAGACAACAUACUGAAGUUUUUGAUAUUUCCAUUGGUUCUUCCUUCUUUAAGGAUGGAAAUUGUUGACGUAAAGAACUAGAUUCAAGCUCUUUAUCUCUUGUAGUUAAUGCUUUCUCAUUUACUUCAGGAAUUGAAAUCAUCUUUCUGUAUCAUCAAGGUUAUUAAGUUGCACACUAAUGUUUAGUGUUUCUGUCUCUAUAAUACAGGAUACAGAAAUCGGCACUGCAACUUCUUUGUAUUUACUUUGUUGCAUUUUACGUAUUGUUAAAAUCAAGGAUCUAGUGAACACUAUUGCUGCUUCACUUCUAUGCCGCAUAGAAACUUUCUCGCACAAAUCUGAACCCAAAUUAAAUGGAUAUGUGUCAAGUGAUUGCUUGAUGGACAAAUGUAAUGAAUCUGGUAAUGGUGACAUAACACCAAAACCUGAUGCAAGACUUCUACAGGUUUCGAUACCAAAUUUAUUUAGUCCACAAAAUCAAUCAGGAAGCACCUUGCAUCAGGACUGCAGUGGCUCUCAUUUUUCAAUAAGGGAUGCCUUGCUUUCUUAUAUCAUCUGUGGCAACGAUGUUCAGGUUUCAGGUUCUUUAAGUGUGCUGGCCACUCUAUUGCAAACUAAAGAACUGGAUGAGGUAAUGCUAGAUGCUCUUGGAAUUCUUCCACAGCGGAAACAACAAAAAAAACUCUUGCUGCAAGCUUUGGUUGGUGAAGAAUCUGGUGAUGAUCAACUUUUUUGCCCUGAAAGUAAUGUAACCAAAUAUGGCUUCAGUGGCGAGCUUGAUAGCUACCUCCAAAAGCUUAAGGAUCAUUGUGGAGUCUCAUGUUCAUACCUAAAUAUUGGAACAAGUCCCCGGGUUAAUAGAUAUCAAGUACUCGAUGCAUUGGUCAGUCUUUUCUGCAGGUCAAACAUCUCCGCAGACACACUAUGGCAUGGUGGUUGGCUUUUGCGCCAGCUCCUUCCUCACAGUGAUGCAAAUUUUAAUAGCAAUAAUCGUAAAUUGCUUGAGAGUUCAUACUGUAGCUGCACCCAACGUAUUCUUGAAGAAACAAGAGGAACAUGGCCUGAUCUAUUGAUUGCAAUUAUCAGUGACGAGUGGAGAAAAUGCAAAAGAGCAAUUGAAGCCUCAUCACCUCAGAAAGAUCCUAAAUCCAUGCUUUUGCCACAAAAGAAGCAUGCUUCUGAAGACCUGUUUCCUGGUGAUUCAUCUAUUGCUGCUGGUGAAAGAAUGUGCGAGACAGUGAAGGUGUUUGUAUUAGUUCAUCAACUAUGUUCCUUCUCAAUUGGUAAAGUUUUGCCAGAUCAACCUCCGGUACGGCCUCCGACUGAUGCUCCAGCAAGCUCCCGUGCAAAAACUGCCGGCGUGACUGGUUUCAGCCCAAAACCAAGCACUGAAAUAAAUCUUGGGGACGCGGUGCCUUGUAGAAUUGCAUUUGAGAGGGGCAAAGAGCGCCAUUUUUGGUUCUUAGCCACCAAUGUAGGAAUCUCUGGUUGGCUCAUUCUUGCAGAAGAGUUACCUCAGAAACCUCAGUUUGGUUUGGUGCGGGUUGUGGCCCCUUUGGCCGGUUGCAAUCCAAGAAUUGAUGACAAGCAUUCGAAAUGGCUACACCUACGAAUACGUCCAUCUUCCUUCCCUUUCUUGGACAAAUACCCUUCCCCCUCAAAAGUCAGCAAGGCAAAAGCCUUGGUGGAUGGAAGGUGGACGCUGGCAUUUCGGGACGAGGAAUCCUGCAAGUCUGCGUUAUCUAUGAUAGCCGAAGAGAUGCAUUCCCAAAGCGCUGAGGUUGAAAGAAGGAUACAGCCCUUGCUUGAUAUCAAAUGAGCAGGCGUUCGUUUUGGAAAUCUGUGUGCCUGUCUCAGAACUCUGGUAUGAGUUUCCUUUUUUCCUGCCCCAAUAAUAUGGUAUUCCUCGAAUAGAACAGAGAUUCGUUUCACUAUGUGAAACUCAUUUUGUUUCACUAUGUGAAACUCAUUCGAAGAGGUACCAUAUGUAUGGCUUGGGCAUCCAACUAUACUACUGCUUGCCAUCUUUGUAAAUGUCAAAAAAAGAAAGAAGAAAAAGAUGAGGAAACCUUAGAUGUACUAGUACCACCAUUGUAGAUUUUUAUUUUACAGUGUGAAAAUCUUCCAUCCCUUGUAUAUUAUGCUCCCAGUCUCUCCCAUUGUUGACCUCAUUUUCUAAAAAAUGAACGAGCCAAGCUCGUGCCUGAUCGAGUUGACUUUCACGUAGUUUAAAAAAAAUUUGAAAAAAAUGAAAAAAAGUGUGGUUG